AUGAGUUCGACGUUAGCAUCCCUGUUCAAGAAGUCUACGAUAGAUGACCCUGCUGAAGCACUUAAAGCAUGUGAAGCAACUUUACGGGAAACCUCAGACGACUCACAAGCGCAGCAAACUAAAGCAGUUGCCUUACUAAAACUCGAACGAUAUCAAGACGCCCUGCAGUAUUUCGAGCAAACAGCUAGUCUACAAGGCUCGAUACCGGAAGUUUAUGCGUAUUGCUUAUACAGAGCUGGCAAAUUCGAAGAGGCAGUCAAAGUAGCUUCAGCUGUAGAAGAUUCAAGAGGAGCACACCAUAUCACUUUGCAAGCGGCGUAUAGAGCUGAAGAUUGGGAUGCUGCAAACAAAGCAUGCUUGGCCCUGUCGAAAAGUAAAGUUCAAAAGGAGGAGUUUGAUUUGCGAAUAAACAAGCUUGCUCUUGAUGCUGAAGCAUUGUGGUUAGAGAGGCUAUCCGCGGGCUCCAUACCACGUGCCACUACCGAUGACCUGGCUGCAUUCGAGACGGCUUACAAUGCUGCGUGUAUUUCUGUUUCAAAAGGGCAAUUACAAGAAGCUGAUAUCUUGUUAAAAAGAGCUGUUAACCUGUGUGAACAUCAUGAAGAAUUGUCAGCGGAAGACAAAGCAGUGGAACUUGUCCCAUUGAAAGCACAGCGCAUCUUCGUCUUGCAAAAACUACAGAAGCAUGACGAGGCUGCGGAACUGGCAAAGGAACUUUCAGCAAGCCUGAAGGAUGCUGCAGUAGACGUCUCUACGCGGAAGCUUGCCGAGAACAACAUACUCGCAAGCGUCAACGUGUUCAAUCCUUUUCUUGCUCACAAGACCUUCAGCUCGAGCUCGGUGCCGAAGAGCGAACGCCUCUUCGCGAAUCAAUCGACGUCGCUUAAGUUGAACGAACAAGCAAUGCAGCUGCAGACCUUCAAAUAUGAUGGCUUGAUUCACAGUGCGAGAAAGAAGUCCUUUAUGGAUGCUCUACCAUCGACUUCGCCAGACUCGCUUUUGACAUCUAUGUUUGGUACUGCAGCUCUUGCAAGAAACGAGGUCAGCAAAGCUGCUGUUAAUAAGGUACUGCCCGAAUUAGAGAAGCGGCCAAACGAUGUAGGCCUGGUCGUGACACUGGUCCAGCUAUACGUUCUUACUGGCAAUGGUCUUGCUGCGGUCGAUAUGCUACGUGCCCUCUUUGACCGGCUUGAGAAGUCUCCUAACGACAAAGACCAGGACGUGAGAUAUUCCCCUGGACUGAUAGGUCUAAUGGUGAGCUUGCUUAGAACUCAAGGCAGAAGAUCACAACUGAACCAGGAACUCGCAAGAGGUGCUACAUAUUGGCGCACAAAGCCGAAAGCACCUUCAUCCUUGCUUCGUGCUGCUGGUAUUGCGUUGCUGGAAUCGUCACAUGACGAAGACACAAAAGUUGCAAGCGAAAUAUUUGAAAAGCUUUAUGCACAAGAACCAGAAGACAGGAGUGCCAUUGCUGGCUACGUGGCUUCUCAUGCCACAGACUCUACUGCAGAUGUAAAGUCAUUAUCUGGCAGAUUGUCUUCGAUUGACGAGUUGACAGCCUCUAUCAACGCCGACUCCCUCGAGAAUGCUGGUAUCCCACAAUCAGCGAAUGCUCUCGCCAUAGCUCAAGCUGGCCAGAGCAGAAAACGUCCGGCUGUUGAUGGUCUGUCGUCAAAGAAGAAGAGGAUACGCCCGAGCCGGAUGCCAAAAGACUAUGACCCUAAUAAAAAGCCUGACCCGGAAAGAUGGCUACCUCUACGAGACCGAUCUACCUAUAAGCCAAAGAAAAAGAGGGGUAAGAGAGAUGAUCGAACUCAAGGUGGUGGUAAUGUCAAUGAAGCACUUGACAUCAGCAAUCGUCCGGCUGGUACUGGUAGUGAGGUGGUCAGCGGCAAUACUGCAGGCAAUAAGAAGAAAAAAGGGAAAGGGAAGAAGUGA